CUUCCACACGCGACCCUUUCCUCUCCCCCACGGUUGGAUUCUUUUGAACAAAUAUUCCUGAUCUGGGUCAUAUACGGGAGAAUCUUCCUAUCCGAUCUCUUUCGCCCCCUGUGGGACUUCCAUCCCGACGUCCGCCUGAAAUCCCACACCCCGCCACCAUCUCCGCGCGGUCAUAUCCCCUCCCCCUCUCCCGCCCCUUACUCUGAUCUUUUGAUUUCCCACAAAGCCCCCAAUCAGAGUCAAAAUGGAUCGAAAUAUCGCGCGUGCCGUGAGGGAGAAGCAGCCGGUCCCCGAAAUCGACUUCUCCCUGCACCAGAUGGAAGAUGGCUCCCAGGUCUCCACAUUGGAACGGGUGGUCAAGGAGGUCCAAGCGCCGGCCCUGAGCACCCCUCCCGAUGACAUGUUUUGGUCUCCCGAUGAUCCAUCCAAGCCCAACCUUGCCUACCUGAAGCAGCACCUGUACCGCGAAGGUCGUUUGACGGAGGAACAAGCGCUAUGGAUUAUCCACGCCGGUACAGAGGUCUUGCGCCAGGAGCCCAACUUGUUGGAAAUGGAUGCUCCUAUUACGGUCUGCGGUGACGUCCACGGACAAUACUACGAUUUGAUGAAGCUGUUUGAGGUUGGCGGUGACCCUUCGGAGACGAGAUACUUGUUCUUGGGUGAUUAUGUCGACCGUGGUUAUUUCAGCAUUGAAUGUGUUCUGUAUCUAUGGGCGUUGAAGAUCUGGUAUCCAGAUUCGCUCUGGCUGUUGCGCGGAAACCACGAAUGUCGCCACUUGACCGAUUACUUUACCUUCAAGCUGGAGUGUAAACACAAAUAUAGCGAACGGAUCUACGAGGCCUGUAUCGAGUCGUUCUGUUCUCUGCCGCUGGCGGCGGUUAUGAACAAGCAGUUCCUCUGUAUUCACGGUGGUCUCAGCCCGGAGCUGCACACCCUCGAAGAUAUCAAGGCUAUCGAUCGUUUCCGGGAGCCCCCCUACUCACGGUCUGAUGUGCGACAUCCUGAAUUUGGUCAAGAAAAGACCGGCGAUUUCUUCAUUCAUAACAGCGUUCGCGGUUGCUCCUAUUUCUUCUCCUAUCCGGCUGCCUGCGCAUUCUUGGAGAAGAACAACUUGCUUUCCAUUAUUCGAGCACACGAGGCUCAGGAUGCCGGAUACCGCAUGUACAGAAAGACGCGGACAACCGGGUUCCCUAGUGUGAUGACCAUUUUCAGCGCUCCUAACUACCUCGAUGUUUACAACAACAAGGCCGCUGUGCUUAAGUACGAGAACAACGUUAUGAACAUCCGCCAAUUUAACUGCACGCCGCACCCUUACUGGUUGCCCAACUUUAUGGAUGUUUUCACCUGGUCUCUGCCGUUCGUUGGUGAGAAGAUUACCGAUAUGUUGAUCGCCAUCCUCAACACCUGCUCCAAGGAGGAACUGGAGGAGGAAGAGGAGGAGACUCCUGUCUCCGAGACGAUUCCCGAAGGAGCGGUGCCCGACGGCCCCGUCUCGCCUCCUAUGCCCAUCGAUACCGAGUCCAGCGAGUUCAAGCGACGAGCCAUCAAGAACAAGAUUCUUGCUAUUGGUCGUCUCUCUCGUGUCUUCCAGGUGCUCCGAGAGCAGUCUGAGAGUGUCAGCGAAUUGAAGACAGCGGCUGGCGGCCGUCUUCCGGCCGGUACUCUCAUGCUGGGUGCGGAGGGUAUCAAGCAGGCCAUCCACAAUUUCGAGGAUGCCCGGAAAGUCGAUCUGCAGAACGAGCGUCUACCUCCUAGCCAGGAGGAGGUCAUCAAGACCAAUGAGGAAAACCACCGUGCAGCUAUGGAGCGUGCGGAGAAGGAAGCUGCCAACGACACUGGGCUGGCGACUGUCGCCCGACGAAUUAGCAUGUCUGCUGGGUCUGGCCGCAACCGUCAACGUCAGCGCGAAACGCAGUCUCGGGAGGCCUAAGAUGGCCGUGGAUUUGGCCGAAUUGAUAUUAUGAAACGAUCUAUGCAUUUCCUCUUCCUGCCCUCCAGCGCACACGCCCUUCUGCCACGACAUGAUCGACACGAUACCCUACCGAUCUGCUUGAUCCUACCUAUUGCCCGACUCUUAACCUGUGCAUUAAACACGAUGAAAGUCUGCAGGAUGGCUCCAGUUCACUGUGCGUCGCUCCUCAAAGGGCUUGCUAUAGCCGGACUGGAUGCCGGCAUAGGGGGUUUCAAGGCGAGAAAAAGAAUAUCAUGUAAUGAUGGCUUAAUUCUAUCACAUUUCAUUUUCG